AUGCCCGAGACGGUCAAGGCUGCUAUGCGGGACCAGAUGGACAAAGCAUCUUUCAUCUACGGCGGCAUGGGCCUCGUCGAGGUGCGCGUGCGCUUGGCAUCACUGCUCGCAGAUCUGGCGCCAGGUGACAUCAACGGCUUUCUGUUCCCUUCCUCGGGCGGCGAGGCGAACGAUUGCGCCAUUCGACUGGCGCGGCUCUACACAGGAAAGACAAAGAUCUUCAACCAGUACCGCUCGUACCAUGGUGGCUCGCUUGGACCUCUUGGUGCGACAGGAGACUUCCGCAGACACUUCGCCGGAGACUCUGCCACGGGAUUUGUCAAGAUGAGCCGCGGCUUCAACCCGCUUUAG